AUUGCUAGAAUCAUUCCCUUAACCGGCUGGUUCUUUGUUACAUCACCGCGUUUUUUGGCCAUGCCCACAGAGCGUCGAAAAUAAACAAUAGAACGGCAGUACAUCCGUGUGUGAAUAUUAGGGUCCUUUUGUUCGAUUGCAGUAAAUUACACACUUUGCAAGGCUCUGUAUAUCCCGUUUCAGCUUAUCUUUACGAUGCCGAUCCCUGUUGAUAGUGCUUUUUCUCUAAAGGUGAGCGUUCAUUCUGACCAGGGAGGACGGAAAUAUAUGGAAGAUGUAACCCAAGUCAUAGUUGAGCAUGAACCACUGGAGGAAGAGGAUAACAUUGAUGGUAAUGGCGCUGUGUCGGUAGUAAACAGGAUCCCCAACCCAGGAGAAAAACAAGAGCUGUGUUUUGAUGCGACAGUUCCCAAAACUGUACAGGCUGGGUUCGGAUCCGCGGGGAAGGAAGUAACAAAUAAGAGACUACAUGUGAAGGGUAAUUUGGAGAGCACUGUCCAUUCGCGCCCCAAUGGUCAGGUGGCCUUCUUUGCUGUGUACGAUGGCCACGGCGGUCGAGAAGCUGCACAGUUCGCUCGGGACAACUUAUGGGAAUGUAUAAAGAAGCAGCGAGGAUUCCUAUCCAAGAACCAAAAGGAAGUGUGCGCUGCCAUCCGUAAGGGUUUUAUCGCUUGCCACAAUGCAAUGUGGAAGAAACUUCCUGACUGGCCGAAGACUGUGACAGGACUUCCGAGCACAUCAGGAACAACCGCUAGUGUGGUUAUCAUCAGAGGAGACAAAAUGUAUGUAGCUCACGUUGGUGAUUCAGGAGUGGUGUUUGGAGUGCACGAUGACCCCACAGAUGAAUAUAUAACAGCUGUAGAAGUAACUCAAGACCACAAACCUGAGCUUCCAAAAGAAAAGCAGAGGAUUGAGCGUCUUGGUGGCAGUGUAGUCAACAAAUCUGGUGUUCAUAGAGUUGUCUGGAAGAGACCAAAACUGACCCACUUUGGUCCUGUGCGUCGAAGUACUGUCAUCGAUCAAAUCCCAUUCUUAGCAGUGGCUCGAGCAUUGGGUGAUCUCUGGAGUUAUGAUUACUUCAGUGGCGAGUAUGUUGUUUCUCCUGAGCCAGACAUUAGUGUGCACACCCUUGACUUCCAGAAGCACAAAUACAUUAUCCUUGGCAGUGAUGGACUUUGGAAUAUGGUAUCUCCUCAAGAUGCAGUCUUUAUUUGUCAGGACAACGAGGAAAAGAAUUCCUUGAGAGAGCAUGGACCGCAUUCUGCUAAGGUGCUUGUAAAUCGUUCCCUAGCUAGGUGGCGACAGCGCAUGUUAAGAGCAGACAACACCAGUACAAUUGUUAUCAGCAUUGCUUCAUCUUCAGAGAAGCAGAGGGGACAAAAUAAAGAAGAACUGCAACUGAGUAUGGAGGAAAGCCCUUGUGCUAAUCUUCAUGGAGCCUUCUCAUUCUCUGUCUCCCCUUGUGCCACUCCACCCAUGAAGGUUAAAGAUGAGCAGUCCCAUCGCCUGUGUUACUCUGACCCUCUUCCUUCCCUCAUGCGUAGAAAUGUGUAUAACAAGAGAGGUGUGUCAAAAAAGUCUAGUUCUCCUGGUGACUCUGCCAGACGUGCUCAUCGAUCCUUUGAUGGAAUUUUCCAAGAUCCAGACACAUUUGAAGAAAACUGUGAAAGAGUAUCACCGGCAAUAAGAAAGAGUGAUAUCACCAGCAGCAGCCCAUCAACCUGCUUAUCCCCAUCGAACACAACAAAUACUAGCUCAUACCCCAAAUACUUCAGGGCCUCUGUCACUGGGUGCACAAAGCAUCAUGAUAUUGAGAAGACCCCUCCACUCAACUUCAAAAGAACCCUGGAAGAGUCCAACUGUGGCCCAGCCAUGAAAAAAAUUAGACGAAGCUUGGGACGUACACGUCAGACAUCACCAGUUAACCCAUCAGGAACCCCUAAUCGUAAAAGUUUGGACAAACGUGCAAAGCGCUGGAACAUAAGGGGACAAAGAAGAUUAUGUAGUGCUCUGUUGUAUCAACCUAGGAAAACAGUAUGUGUAUGUUAGGUGGGACUGUGCAAUAUAAGCUCUUCUUAGGUAUCACCAACUGAUUACUAAAUUGUUUUUAUAUUAAGCUGAACUAGGUCCAUAUUAGGAUUUUAUUUGGGUCUCCUAACCAUGACUUACUGAAAUGCAUUUUUUUACAGGCUUUUGUAUAUUCAGAUGUGUAGGGUUGCUCAAAAAGCAGUUGUUUCAACACAAAAUACUGAAUGGAAAAAGUGUGGAGUCUGGGACUGGACCAGCAUUAUAAUGUAAAAUAGUAAUAAAUUAGAUGUUCUUCAUAUUGUUCACUGUUGCGAUAGGAGAAGACACAUGGGACUUUGCUGCUGAAGGCCUAAUAUCUGAACUGACUUAGAGCUUUUCAACUUUCCCCCUACAAGCUGACCAGACCCCCUUCCAAGAUGGUAUGUGAUAUAAGAGGGAUAGCCAUCUGCACCAUCUUUUAGUUUUUUCUUGCUACAGUAAGAGUAUGUUUUUGCUCAUGGAAGCAGUAAGCAGCGUCAUUCCAUAAACCUGGCCUGGCUUUCAGAGUACAGAUGAGUAUCUCUUGAAGGGGGGGGUUGGGAUAAGUACAUUUCUUUCAUCAGGGCUGUAAAAUGUCACUUUCUAAAGCUUAUAACUGCAUUUUUUAUGGGAAGCAAAUUGUAACCAAAAAAAACUUACCUAGUCAAUGGCUGUUCUACUUAAGGGACAUAACACAGCAUCACCUCCUGUCCCCAUCAUGCUAGGUUCAACCAGAAGACCAGCAAGUGGAGAACCAGACUUCUCCAGGACUAUGUGGCACUAAAAAUGCUGCACUCAUUGUCUUGGGCCAUCAUGACAUCAACCAAGUUGUUUGUAGAUGUUUCAGUUAAAAAGAAAGCACCCAUGAGAGGAGUCAUCCCAGGAGAUCAGGCAUCCAUUGAGUCUGAAGGCCACCCUUGACUGAAGGGUGUUGGGUCCCAAUGAUAUGCUUUUAUAGUCCCUGACUCUGAGGUGUACUUGGACCAAGACCUCCAGAGAGUCUCCUCAGGAGGCUGCCACACACUCAGUGACAUGGCCUCCUGAGUGAAAACCUUACAACAUAAGGUAGAUCCAGACCCCUUCUGCACAAGCAUCUAGUUCCAGCACCUGAACUUUGAUAACCAAGUGAAAGAGAGGGUUUUACCCUUGAUUGUGGUAAGUGAGGACAUCCAAUGCUCAUAUAGAAGUCAUUGGCAUCUAACCAUGAUCAAAGACCACAGACACUGCCUUCAGUCUACAUAGCAGGUCCAUGAUUGGAGGAGUUGAACCGUCUGACUCCCAAGACAAAUUAACUGGUCUAUGUGGACCCGAUGUUUUUCCCCCAUGUCUUAUGAUUCAGAUACUGAGUGCACUCUGUCCUCUGCAUCCCCAAUAGAGGAUAUCUCAUUUGCAGACACUCUGGAUAGAAUAAAAGAUGCCUUCAAAUGGGAGGCUAAGAUGUACUCUAGUGCCUAGAAAAUGAAUUAAGGAUCUUUUAGGCUUAACUGAGGGGGAAAGAAAACUUUAGAUAUUCCUCCAGUACAGUGCUAGAUCUGUUUGCCUCUCCAGAAGACAGUAAUUCAGAAGAUGGAGUCAGAAGAUGGAGAACAGUCCAGAAGUUCUACUACUAGCUUUUGUUUUGCUAAGACUGUUAUCAGGGUCUUCUUCCUAGAGUAUGGUAAAAGUAUAGCCUGGUCUGCUGCCUUAAUGUGUGGACCUCUUAACCCAAAACAAGAGGUAGCUCACUCAUCCCAACCGGAAAACCCUGAUGCUUAACAGCUUGGAUGAUCUACCGGUCGGGCCAGUUUUCCGAGGAUGCGCUUUCUGUCUUAUGGGAGGCUUAGAAACCAAGUACACUGAAGUCCUAAUUCGAAAUAUGAAAAAAAAUGUUCUCUCCUUGGUGCUGAGAGAGGACCUUGACCCUGUUCAGACUUCACUGUCCCUGUUCCUCAGAUGCCUGUCAGACUUCUACAAAUCAGGAUUGUUUUAUGCUCCAUUCCAAACACAGUCUUCCUAAUUUUGGAUACACCCCACUUUAUUCCCUAGACAUUAGCUUUACCAUCUUUGUAGCCAGCAGCUGGUGCCUCCUUCAGAUACUUGACCUGAAAACUGUCUUUUUAGUAGCCAUUACAUGUGCUGUAAGAAUGUCAGAACUACAGAUCCUCAUAUGCAAAUAGUCCUGUCUCGUUUUCUACGAAGAUAGGGAAUCACUCCACCAUCAUGCCCAAAUAGUGAAAGACGUUUAUCUAAAUCAAGCCAUUAAUAUCCCUAUGUUCUGUUCUACUCCACAGAACAUGAGAAAAAAAGUUCUGCACACCACAUUUAUGCAUAGGCAGCUGAGGUGUUAGCUUGAUUGGACUUAAAGUAUGAAAAGGAAUUUGACCAUUUAUUCAUAGCCUUUCCAAAUGGUUGGAAGGGUAGGCCCAUUUCUAAACAUGCCAUUUUUAAGUGGCUGGCUCACUGCAUCGCCCUUUGUUGCGCUUUCUAUGGAUGAAUUUCCCAAGGCAUGUGAGACACCACUCUUAAAGAGAAACAAAACAGCAGCCACUACUAAGUAGCUUACCUGGUCAUUUGUUCACACCACACUAUGAAACAUCUCCAACCAUUAUGAAUAUUGCCUCUUGAGCAAGGUUAGAAUUUCCCAUGGCCAUACUACAAUGUAGUCACCUACUGGCCCAUAAGCUUUGAGAUUUUUUCCAAGUCCUGUCAGUACUGUACCAGUGAGCAGUGCAAUGAACGUGUAAUGUAUGUUCACUGUUGCAGUAAUAUUUCUGUUUCCUUUCUACUACCCAUGCUGGGGUUGGGGUGGGUACCUACACACACCCUCCUCUAUAUUACAGAGGAAGCUUUUUUGGAAGGGGGGGGUCUGAUUGAGCUUUUUUUGUUUGGGGGCAUAUGUCACUUGUACCACCCAUGCUGUGUUCUCAACCCAGACCUUUGGAGCUGACAGGGGGAGAAAAAAAAAACUACUGGUGGUGCAGUCAGAUGUCCCUCUUAAAUUACAGAUGUGCUGAUGUCCAAAUGGGAAGGUGUCUGUGUAGCAUAAAGGGGGCAUGAUUAGAAGAUCAGGAAGUCAGUCCAUAUGGUACUAUUAAGUCCUUCUGUAGCAGAAGAUCCCAAGUAUUAUAACUACUGCAACAGUGAAUAUACUGAAACAUGUACAUUUAUGGUAAGUUCCCAACAGGUGUACUAUAUAGUGUAUACCACCAGUAUAUUAAAAUUACUUCUUCAAAAUCACCCCUAGUGAUAUUGACAAUAUUUCUUACUGUACAUUUUCAGUGUUGGUGUUGUAACAGAAUGUUUUUGCAUUGCAUUGGUAUAGUUUUAAAGCUUAUUUUUAUUUGUUGAGAUGUUUUGUACUGAAGUACAACUAAUGGUCUUCCAGUAAGUCAUGACUCAACUUUAGGAAAUCCUUUUAUAUUAUGGAAUUACCAUAAACUCUGAAAAUUCACAGGCAGUUUAUAACUAAAUACAUCUGCUUCACCACUGUUUUUAUUAUGUUUUAUUUCUGUGAAUUUUUUAUGUAUUAUACUUAUAAGAAUGAAUUGUGUAUGCAUUUUUACACGUGUAUAUAAAAUCUAUGUAUUUCUUUUGUAAAUUUCCAUAACAGGGCUAACUAACGUUUUUGUAGGAGAAACAAUAGAAUGCAGUCUGUUUUCUCCCUCUUUGAGCCCAUUUCAAAAACCAUAAGCCUUGUAAUGGCAUUCUUAGAUUGAUCUACCAAUAAAUACCCAAGAGGGGGGAUGUAAAAAUUUUCAAAAAAUGAGAUUUCAGAAUUAAAAAAAAAAAAAGUUUGGAGUUUAAAGCAGCAGUACUAUCCAACUGUAACAUACUCAGCACUUCAUACAUUAGUGUGUGGCCAACAUUUGCAGUUCAUUGCUUCUUGAUUUAAUGGGUCCUUUUGGUAUUCAAUACUUAUGUGAUGUGGGUGUUUUUUGGUUCUUUUUAUUUUGUACUGGUGCAUUAUUCAAAGUAAAAAAAAAAAAAAAAAAAAAAAGAAUAUUUUAAUGGGCAACACUAGAAAACACUAGUUUCCCUGCAUGUCUAGUAUGAUACUUUAGUGAACUGACAACCAAAAAGGAAUUAAACAUGUUCUUGUGGUUUUAGUCCUUGUCGGACAUGGUUAGAUGGGUAGUACUGCUACUUGACAUUUGUACAGAUUCACUUUUGUUGUUGCAUUACAGAAGUGGAGAAAUGAAGGCUUCUAUUACUUUUAAAAGUAAACUUCCAUGACUUGCUGAUCAUUAGUUGUCAGUAUACAAAUGAAGUGUAAACAGAUUUGUACAGUGCCACUUUUUUAUAUAUUUUACAUGAUACAUUUUUCGUAUCUCUCAUUGGACCUUAAAGUAUUUGUCUAGAGGUCUUCUAGCUUGCCUUUUACAUGGCUGAGAAGUUGAAAGUUCUUACAUGCUAAUAAUGUCUCUAUAGUUUGCCCAUGUGCCAGGGUGCAAGUAGUUUAGAUUAUAAGAUAAAUAACUGUUAAAGAAAAGGUAAUUUUAAAAAGUUAUUUUUUAGUAUUUUGUGACCCUAUUACUUUCAAGCCCUCAUCCUCUGAUUUCUUUCUCAAGACCACCAGCAUCCUAGGACACCAGUCGAAGGGUUAUGGUCGUAAUAAAGUGGGGUAGGAGAUUUCUGUCUUUACAACCCUCCCCCCAUCUCACUCCUGUUGAUCAAAAAAUGCAUUGCCUGGUAUUUUAAUUUGAGCCUUUUGCAGAUGUGCAGUUCCAAAGCUGCACUCCGUGGCAGGUUUAUGCCCACCCCCUAUGUCCCUCUUGUAAUCUCUGAGCUUCAUCAAGUAAGUGCCUGCAGUGGGACUCCAGCAUCAACACUGAGGUUGCCAGCAUUCUGCUGUAGAUGGCUAAGCUGGCAUCAUGUUUGUUCCUUCAGUGCCUAGACCGCUAAUUGAAGAUGGGUUCAUACCUGUCCACUGUCCAGAUUUUUGCCUUCCAUUUUUGGUCUGUUCCUCUUAAAAUCUGUGGUUUUCUGGCAAAUUGUUGAGGAGUGAAGUCAUUACGUAAUGACAGACAUUUUAGUUUCAGACUUGGUAUAAGCAUGCUGACCCAAAACCUGUUAUAACUUUCUAAGUUUAUAAAACUGUUUAAAAUCUGACCUUGUUUUGGGGGCUUCCACCACCCCCCACCCCACCCUGUAUUGUCUUUGGCUGUGUCCAGAUUUUAUGGUCUAAGAGCUGUGUGGGUUAUCUUUUAAUAGACUAGAAGAACCCAGUUUCUUAGAAUUAUAAAUCAGUUGCUUACGUAUGAGUGGGAAUUACUGUGGAAUAAUACGAUUGUGUAUCACGUGAGAGGAGUGAAAACAAAAUGCAUUUUCAGCCAAGACAGUUUACUUCUCCUUUCAAGCAGUUUUGUAACCACAUUUUCCUAUUGUCCAGUUUGUCUUGCUAGGGUUAAUAAAAGAAAAAGAUAACCAUCUGUUCCUAGUCUUCAUCAAGCACAGCCCUCUUCUAAACUAGUUUGUGUGUACAAUUGGUGCAUUCUCUGACUUUCCUGUUUUGUUUCUCCUGAUUUUGAUAUGUAACCAGUUUUCAGUAAAAAUAUUGAUGUGAUAUGCUUGUAAUCCAGCUGCAGAAAAUGGCAGAGCCUGUGCAUUAACACCACUUAUUGAACUUCCCCAGGCUGUGAAGCCCUCUUCCUCUGUGUGUUGAUACUUGCAUUCUCCUGCCUUCCUUACUCCUUCCUUUUGCAUGGGUUUCUGGUACAUCCGAGAACUCCUGGCUACUUUAAGGGUGAAUUUGGAACAGUUUCAGAGAAUCUUUUCAUUUGAGUGAGAUUCUUAGUUAUAGUUGCCUUAGGUUGUUUGCCGUUGGACUUCCAUUUUGUUUCAUAAACCUAGGCCUUGUUUUUGUAGUGUCGUCUUCAGUUUCAGUAGACUGAGCCUGCUUCAAGCAGAUGCUGCCAGCUGACUGAUGUACUUUUUCUGCUUUAUCUUCCUAGGAGCUUUAGUAUGUACAUACAUUAGUUAUUUUUGUCUUGGAUUCAGUGAUGCUGUACAAAGCACCGUUUAAGAAUAGCACUUGAAAAUUAUUUGAUGUCCCAGAAGCUCUUCUGUCUGAAACAGGGGCCUCAGGUGACUCCACUUCCAUUGCAUGCUCAGUGUGCUUUCUUUAAAACCAAGCUUUCUAAGUUACACAAAUCCUGCAGGUUUACUUCCAGUACUUGGAUAAAUAAAAUGUUGGAGGGGACUACAUAAGAAGCAAAUCAAUAUGGUUUUACAAGCUCUUAAAGAAAAAAAAUGUGCAAAAACAGAUGGAGCACAGAUUGGAGACCAAGCUUCGUCACACUAAAGCCCACUGCUAGAAAUUUUAUUUCUGUGGAGCCAUAAUUUUCUUUGCAUUCAGCAGCCAUAAGUACUCCUAUUGUGUCUUUUCCCCCUCCUGUGAUAAGGAUGCCUUUUCCUCUUCAAGUUAACUGUGACUUUAUUGAUACAGGUAAAACAUUAGAAGUUUAAGACUCACACAGGGUACUAACACUGUUAUGUUAGCUAUCAGGCAUCAGUUUUCCCUCCUUGAAUGCCUCUUUCCCCUGGCAGCAGUCCCACAGGCACCAGUUUGACUGGCAUCUGAUUAUCUGAGAUUUUCAGAUGUUACUUUGGCAGAUGUUGGCACUACCAACAUAUAAUGAUCUUCAUAGUCAUUGUUGCAGUACUGAUCUCUGGGUUUUCCUGCCAUGCAGAAGUGCACAACCAGCUCAGUUUCCAGAGUCUCUUCAUUAUUUCUAGCCAAUGGGCGUCCUGUAACCAACGUUUAGACAUUGAGUAUAAGAGGGGGUCAUCCAUUGGUGCCUUCUUUAGUUCCAUCUAGCCAUGCAGUCAGAUGUGCUUUUGCUUGUACUAGGCACUAAUAGUCCAUUGGCCAGUUCCUGUUUAUCCAGAAGUUCUACAAAUGAAUUUCAGAUAAGUGACCAAUUGAGAAAUUCUUUCUUCUGACUAGUGUUCCAACAUAGUUAAUAACUGCUUGAAGUGUGGAAGGGAAAUCCCGCAUAAAGGCUUUGAUUCCGUUCGUCUGUUUUGUUUGGGGCCACAGAGUGACGAUUGUGCUAGAUUUAGAACUAAGACCCUUAAGCAAAGGACCGAAGUCCUCAAAGCACAUAUGGAGUUCACAGACCCAGUUCCUGCUACCUUUUCUCCUUUUAUGGCUUCUACCACUAUUUUACCAAAGAAACAAAAAGACAAAAUGCUGAAAGAAAAGAUUCUGCAAAUAACGUAAUCCUUCCGCAUCUGCCCCCAAGUCGAUUGCCAGCUCUGGUGAAGCACUUUUAAAGCCCUCUGUUCAAACAACUUCCAGGCCAAUGCCCUCUGGUAUGACCCCUCAGGAGGGGUACCAUGGUAGUAGUCCACUCAACUUCAAUAUCUUCAUCUACAUCGGUUUGGUCUGAGGUCCGUCAGCUUCCAAUGUCCAAAUGUCUGUUACUGAGGGAGAUGGUUCAUCUUCCUUGGUUGUUCUGCAGGAGCAUGCACCUCUUUACUGUACCAAAGCCACAGUCACUUGACCUUGGACCAAGUCUUCUCUUGUUAAAUGGACACCUAAACUGAAGUGACCAGUCAUCCUGCCCCUGCCCCAUGCCACAGUCAUUGACUGUUAUUGCCAAGGCCAAUAAAUCAGCACCUCCUUAUAAUUGCCCAGUUAUUCACGGGCUUUAUGAAAUCUAGGGAGACUAGCCAGGCAUUAAAAACUACCUCUGUAAUGUUUCCCAGUAAAAGACCAAGAGUGGCCUCUUAAGAGGAGUCUGAUACUUCCAGAUCUGAGGAUGAGGAAGAUUUCUGUUAUUCUGAGCACCUUCCCGCCUCAGUCCUAUCCUGAUUCUGACUCUGAUGAUACCAUUCAGUUUCUCCCACACAGGAUUUACCCUUUGGGGAUAUAUUACACAAGAUGGAGGCUUUUCAGUGGGAAAGCAAGGAAUUCUGUUAGGUCCAAAACCAGUACAGACCGCUUCUAAGCUUGCCAUUACUCAGACCACUAGCUAUCCCACCAGUACAUGUGAUAUUAGAUGAUGUCUUCAAAGACAUCAUAACAUGUAGACUCUCUUCCCCCUUACUCCAAAGAAGCCAGACCAAUUUUAGAGAGUGCUUGACACUCUCAAACACCUCCACAAGAGCCCACAAGCUGAUCCCUUUGUACUCAACUGAAUCCACUAAGGGUGCACCUAAGUCUGCUGCCAGACAUCACCUGACUAAUGACAGAAGGUAGACUACUAGACAGGUUAAAAAAAAGACUACACGUCUACUGUCCUCUUUGAAGGCCCUUGUUUGCCAGUUCUACAUGUAAAAUUACUUAAGGCUUUUUAGGAGCAAAUUAUUACCAAAGCUGAGAUAGUUACAGAUAAGGUAUUACUAAGGGACAUACAGAACACAGCUAGAGCAGCAGUCCAGGUUUCCAGACAUUGUCUGAAGUGUGGUUAUGAUGCUUUAGAUGCAUCAUGCAGAGUAGCUGCUUACUGGUUGUGUUGUCUGCAGGCACGCUUGGCUGAAGACCCAGAGACUUUCUGACCAAAUUAAGGCUGAACUCUUGGUUGCUCCAUUGGAUAAGUAAUUCCUGUUUGUGCUUCCUGCAGGGAAGGUUUUCAAGAAAUAAAAUUUACAAAAAAAGGAAAGCAAGACUUUUGUCUCCAACCCCAAGAUAUAGUAGAAAUUAUCCUUCGAAGCCUUGGCCUGUGCCUCCUAAGUAAAAUAAGAGGAGGCCUUCCUGAUCAAAAAGGCGUAGACAGCCCAGGAGAUGGCCCCCCUGAACAUCCUUGACCUGGGUCUGAAAACACUCCACCAUGAGAAUAGAUGUGACUAUGCACAGCUCUCCCCCCCCUCCCUGUCCACAAGGAGGACGAGUCUCUUUCUUUUUUAAACCAAUGGAAAAGCCUCACAUCAGGUCGUUGGUUACUAAACAUCAUAGAAAAAGGUAUCUUUAUUCAAUUCAGAGAAAGGCCUUGGGGUACCUAUUACGUAGUCUUUUACAAGUUCGAAGGCUAUAUGAUCGAAGCCAUAUGUUCGAACUUGUAAAAGUUCAAAUACGUCAAAAAGAAAAGAAAAAACAUAACUAACUGUUGUAAGCAGGGGGGCAAACCCCCCUGCACCCCCACUCUUAAAAUAUACCAACUCCAAGAUCGUACUACAGUGCGGAAACUCCACAGUUAUGUGGUGUAUAAACAAGCGAAGGGUAUACUUAUUCCUACUUGCUGUGCAGUCUAGCAGUAAUGAUUUAGCACUUGACAAAAUAAUUUUAAUUGACAGUGACAGCUUCCUACAUCCUGGGCCAGAAUAAGAUCCUAGCAGAUCCUUUCAGCAGGAACAUUCUGGAUCCCAAUGGACAAAUGCUAAAAAGGGAAACCUUCCCAGUUCUCAACCAUCAGUGAGGAUAGCCUAGUACAGACAUUUUUGCCUUUCAUCAGAACAGUUGCUCAGGACCCAAAUCUAGCUUGGGUUCUACCAGCUGCAACUCUAGGGGACUGGUUUCUUCACCUCACCAAGUUCUAGUGCCUUCUGUGAUCUAUCCUGCAGUAUCGGCGCAGUGGGAUAAGUUUCCUCUGGGGUACGCCUUCAGAGGCUAAGAUAUUGUUGUCUUCAACUUUGGUUUCUUUGAUUUGAUUGGCUCCAAACAUUUCAGAGUGCUCUAAAUCUCUGAGUCGUGUGGUAGACUUUGAGUCUGAGCGAGUCAGUUUAGUGCCCAAAACCUUUGGAUCCGUUACUGUCCGUUGGGGCUUCAGCAUUGGGGCAGCUCACCUCAAACAUCAGCUUUGGAAUCAAGUGGCAUCUCAGUACAAGUCUUCCCUAGAAGCCUGUGCUCCUGGAUCUGUGUCUGGCUCGGUCUUAGUCUUUCAAAACAGUGCUCUCCAAUCCAGAAAACAGAUUUUCACCUUCGAGCUCAGAUCCAUCUCUCUCCUCCAUAGGAUCUCGAGCUUGCUCAUGUCCUGUUGAGACAGCUGGGGCAUCCAAAAGCCUUGAGCCCAUUCUUGUUGAGGAGCCACUGUUAUUUUGAGUUCCCUUAAGAACAUCCUACCAAGGAGGUAUGUCAAAAGCACAAGUGUAAAAGGAGAGCCAUUGCUUCCCCUCAGGAAUCACUUACAGAAUAUACUGACUUUGAUGAAAGGGAGGGAUCCCCUAGAUCCCCUCUUGAGGAUGUCUCAUUUGGAGAAAUUUUUGAACUGCUCAGACAGAAAAAGAGGAGUCUGUUUUCCUUGAGGUUUUUAGAGCUGACCCAUCUACUACUUGGAUGGUCCCACCUGCAGAUGAGAUGGUAGAUGAUCUCUCCAAAUGGGCAUGGAAGAAACUGGAGGCAGCCUCUUAAACCUUCCAAAUUUCUAGCAUCAUUGAAAGAUUGUCCCCACUGGAGCAAGGGCUUUGCUGCAGAUUCUGUGCUGGUAGUGGCGGCAGCUACCAAAAAAGAACUGGAAGAAGUGUGUUCCACUGUCCAUCCACCAAACAGGGAGUCUCAUGCGUUGGACAGAUUUGGGAAGUGAGUCUGUGCUUCAGUUCAGCUCCCUGAUGACAAAGGUUGCUAUCUGGCACAUGUCACUCAUUUUUAUAGAGAGAUUCGACUAGAGAGUUCUCCAAAUCUCUCUCAGGGUUCUAUUUCCUGAGCCGAGGAAAUCCCUUGAUUCGGAGUUGGCUAACCUUCAGUUCUUACAGAAUGUUUUGAAGGGCUUUAUUUCUAGUGCCACGAAAGGCGCUUUUAGAGCAGCAGGCACUGGUAUAGUUACUAGGAAAUAUGCUUGGAUUUGACUGUGAAUUUGCAGAAUAUUUCAAAACGUCCUUUGUUAAUGACCCUUAUGAUGAAUUCACACUCCUGGAUCUGAAAAUGAAAGAAUGCUUUGCAAGAGUAAACAAAAUGUUAAGACCUUGUCUGCCAUAGGAAUCAAGUUUGUUUACCCCUCUGAGGACCUUAUGAAGUAAUCGGAAGAGCAGGAAGAAGCUUUGGUUCCAUAAAUUGCAAGGGGGGCCAUUCCCAAUAUUUCUGGAGACAGAACCACUCUUCGCAGAGGGGAAACUCUAAUGGUGGGCAUCAACCCCUGGAUAGAUGUGGUCAUCAGAACAAAGUCUUUUGAGAGUCCCUUCUCCUAGAGGUCCUACCAGUGCUCCUGAAGUUUUGUCUGACUGAUGCUGUCUGGAGGCAGUUGCAGGGUACAUAUCCGUGCAGCAGUCUGGCCUGUCCAUCACCCAAGAUGCAUGGGUUUAGAGGAUAGUAUCCAGAUGUAUCCUCUUUCCUUUUAUUUCUCCUCCUAUACCUACAAAGAAACUUCCCAGUGUGCCACCCUCUCAAAGGGUUGCAUCCACUUUAAGAGGUAAAGAAGCUUCUAAAGAAUUGCAUCAUCCUAGAGUUCACACUAGACCAGAGCAUCUGGAAUUUAGUCAAGAUUCUUGUUAAUGACAAAGAACUGGAACGGAAGGCCAAUAUUGAGCCUCAGUCAUCUAAACAAAUUUGUAAGACUAAGUUCCAGAUGCAGUUUGCAUCUCCUCCCAACACCAAGUGCAGGAAGUAAUUUGCUGUAAUACCCUGGGAGGGGGAGUUACCAAAGGACACUCUGGUCCAUAGUUUGCCAUCUGGACUCCUUUAUGCUAUUCCUUCUAGGCUUCUAAUUUCAGUAUUCCUACAGAAAGCACUGUUGAGAGAGGUCACAUUCAACCUCCUAGUCCCUUACUGGUCUCGACUGGUGUGGUUUCCCUUUUUCUGCCCUCAUGUAGUACACCCUUCUUGGGUACUGGACCAGGCUGUAGAUGUCCUCUUGGUCACCUCACCUGGACAGUCAGUAUUUCAAGGUAUCUGCAUGGUUUCUCCAAUUCCAAUGAUGGCAAGGCACUCUAGGUUUUCACCUUCCGUCACUCCUAUUUUAACCUCUUCUCAGACACCUUCCACUAGAAAGGUGCACAAACGUGAAUGGAGAAGACUUUCAAUCUGGGCCUCUCAACAAAAAUUUAGAUCCCCUUUUAGUUCCUCUCCCAGCUAUUCUAGAGUUUCUCGCAUCUCUCUUUCACAAUGGGGGCCACCUUAUUCCAUUGUCAAAUACAGCUUGCUGCUAUUUCUUUUCAUAUUUGGGAGUACCACAUUGCCAUUGCUUCCAUCAGUCUUUUCUAUGCCUUACUGUUCAGUUGCAGACUGAGUGACCCCGCCCCCCAAACCUGCAGCCAAAGUUGAUUUGAAGUCGUCAAAAUGGAAAACUGUUUUUGGUGGACAUCACCUCCGCCUGGAAAAUUUCUGAGCUCCAUGCAUUAUCUUCAAAUGUCCAUAUCUGAUUUAUAGGUCAGUACUAGGCUAACUGCCAUUGUGGGCCAUUUUAAGCCUAGCCAGUUAUCCUAUAUGAAAAUCAAACCCCUGUACUUUGUAUUUGUAAGGUAAACACCUUAGACAUUAUGUUAGUCUUCCACAAAGACGGUAUAUCUUUGAGAGGUAACCUGUCAUUUUUUUCUUAAAGUGGCUUCUGAAUCAUCAGUCGAUCAACCUCCCAGUGUUCUUUCCAAAUUUCUCCAACAAAGAUGAAGAUAUGUUGCACUUGGACAUACACUACCAGUUGCAUUUCUGUUUACAUAGAACCACGGCGAUCAGGAAUACUGCUAAGUGAUUAGUACCGUUUUCUCCAGCUAAAAUGAGUAAGGGAAUGUCCAGAGUCGCACUUUCCAGCUGGCUUUAAGAUUGCAUAUUUCAUGUCUACAAAGAAAAGGGUUUGUCCAUAUCUAAAACUUAUAAGGCUCACUCACUGAGCCCUGUAGCUUCUUCUACAGCCACGUUCUCAAGGGUACUCCUUUGACAUUUAUGAUGCUCCUACUUGGUCCAAGAUUCAUACCUUUAUUUCACAAGACUUACAGUCAAGGUUAAGAGCCUCCUUUGGUUUGACUGUGCUCCAGAAUAUACUUCCAUGUGACCUCCCAAGGUUAUGGUGGUUUGGGACUCUGUCCCAUCCAUUGAGGAAUGGAUGGAAGAGACAUCAGAUAUGAAAGAUUUGUACCCAUCCAUAUUGGUCAAUCUGUGUUGUCUGCUUCCAACCUUCCUCAGCUUCCCUCCCUCAUUAUUCCUUCUGUCCUUUCCUAGAGUGACCUUACUGAGCUACCUGUAGUUACCUCUGUUUUUUUUUUCAAGCCUAUGCAUUACAGCUGUUUUUCUUUCUUUCUUUCUUUCUUCCCCGCUGCUUGGCUUUCUGUUAAGUUUCCUAUUAUAUUUGAGGAAGUUGCCCUUUUUCUGAUAUUGCAUUCAAAGUUGUUCUGAGGUAGCUUGCUUGCUACAAGGGCAUUAUGGAUAAGGGGAGCCUGAGCACUGGAUUUGAAGCUUAAGAAUGGCCAAAGUCUGAUCUGAGUUGGAUCAGACCAUUCCGUUGAGGAAAGACGGAAGCAGACAACACAGAUCUGUCUUUAUAGUGAGUGCUUGACUUUUCUUUCUCCCUCUUCUUGACCUUCAGCUAAGGGAGAUUUUAGAUUCCCCCACAAAUGAUAGACCUACUGAUUCAGAUAAAGAACUCUGUUGUUCAUCCUCUCCUGAGAACCCUCAAACUAACAACUUGGAGAGUUGUUUUCUGCCCCUCAAAUACAGCAGCCUGUUCAGCAGAGGUGAUAUCAAUCCUGAGACAGGCAAGAAAACCAAAUAACAGAAAAUCAUACUUAUCUAAAUAGAAAAUAUUUUCCCUGUGGUGCAAGGACAAAGAAAUUUACCCUUUACUGGUAGGCAUAAACCUAAUGUUUAGCAUACCUGUCAGGACUAUUUCAUCAGGAACUUCCAUAUUCCAGUAUUAAAACCAGAGAGUAAAAAGGUCGCAAAGACAAACCAAUUAGUAAAAACUACAACAAAAUCUCAGCCAAGCCAGAGAUUUCACUGUGUAAUACCAUAAAUGUCCUGUAAUAGAGGCCCAUGGGAUACAUGCAAAUUACAUCUUAAGGACACUGUGUUUCAGCUGUACGGCUUCUGAAUGUCCAUGAUUUUUUACUUUUUCUUUUUAAAUCUGUAUGGAUACAUUUCAUGCCAUUAAAGCUAAACUCCACUAGCUGUGGACAUACAUGUUUUGGCUUUCUUAUGCCCUCAUCAGCAUAGCAUAAGUAGACUGUUAAGCUGUACUUUAGAAACACAGGGUACAAACAUAUUGCUUGUUCGUAUUGGUGUUAAAAAUUUCAAAACUGUAUUACAUCCACAGUAUUAAAAGAUUUCAUCUUAAAGCUUACAUAAUGUCAAACACAACUCUGUUGAUAUUUGACCACUGUCUAGUACAGGUAGACAUAUUAAGUGUUGUUCAUAUAAUCUCUAUUUAUAUUGUCAAAUAUUUUGUGCUUUACUAAAUACGUAGACAGCCAGUAGCACAGACAGAACUGCUUCACCUCAUAGGAAAGCUCGCAGUUGGAUGAACUAAGUGCUACUAAUGAAGUGUGUGUAACUUGAGUGGAUGCUGAGAUUGUAAAUUUACAAAACAUUACAAAGUUAAUAGUUAAUUUGUUUACUGUGACUUAUAAAAUCUGGUUUGAAACUUGAAACUUAAAGAAUACUGUCGCUAUAAAAUAGUUUGUGCUAAAGUUUGCCAUUUGCACAUUUGUAACACCUGUUUUUCUAGAGAUAUGUACAUUUGUUUGAAGUGGGAGGACAUAAUUUGAGUCCAUCAGAAAUUUUAGGCCCCGCCCAUUGAAAGUUACAGUUCAAACUUCCAGAGCUGUAUUGGAGGGAGGGAGGGAGUUAGUCAUAACAUCCUAGACCCCUCCUUAGGGUUAAACUUAGAAAAAACAUUAACACCCUUUGAACCAACAGCUUCUGCUCCCCUAAAGAUACUCAUUUGGAAGGCCACUGAGCUCAUAUCCAUCACUUCAGCCAGGCAAGUCGCAGAGCUACAAAUCCUGAGUUGCAAGGGACCCUUCACUGUGUUCCGUAUGGACAGGGUAACCUUAGAACUAAUCCUUUAUGCCCAAAGUAGUGUUGGAGCUCUUCUUGAAUCCAAGCUAUUAAUUUGACAGUGUUCUAUCCUAACGCACAGAAUAAAGCAGAAAAAAUGUUGCACUCCCUGGAUAGGCACUGAUAGAUCAGGUAUUACCUGGACAGGACAAAAUUCCCCUAACAGAGAGGACCAAAUACUGGUGCCAUUUGCACAAACUCCAAGUGGCUAGCCAAUUGCAUUACCUUCUGUUAUCCCCAUCAUGGCAAGCCAGUACCUACCCAUGUCAGGACCCACUCCACCAGACACAGUGCAGCCACCACUGCCUUUCUGAAACGUGUGCCUACACAGGCUGUUCUGAAAGCUGCCACAUGGACAUCCAUGUACACCUUUACUAAGCAUUACAAUUUAGCCACUGCUUUCAGGGCUAGGGUAGGGUUUGCUACUGCCAUCUUACAAAACCUGCUUUCCCAAGGGCUAACAGCCUGCCUCCCAACUAGUAGUAUUUGGAGUCCUCCCAAGGGUCAGUACUGCACAUUGACUACAGAGAACAUAAUACAUUUGUAUCACACUUAAAUAAUUGUUGAUGUUCAAGCAGGUCAGUGUUACAGUACACAUUCCUACCUUCUUACCUCUCUGUAUGCUGCCCACUCUUGGCCUCCCCCCCCCAUUACAGGGGAAGGAGGGGAGGAAAGAAUUUCAGAUGGGUAGUUAUCUACCAUCAUCCCCUACUUUUACUUCUAACACAUAUAUGAUACCUUCCCUCGUGUUCAAAAAAGUCUUUUGACAUCCUGAAAUGACUGUGCUGCCCUCGGGCAUCAGACUGCUGUUCACUGUCUAGAAAGACCGGAUGGCGGAACUUAUGAAUGCCUCUGUUAUACCGUGAUGUCCAGAUAUCGGCCAUCAGAUGUCUGUCAGCUAGGGAUAUUGAAAAGACUCGGUCGGGCUGCUUCUGCAUAGGAAGACCAAAGGGUCAGUACUGCAACAUUAAUGUACUUGACCAUUUACAGUUGUGGUGACUGUGACACAACUGUACUUUGUGCAGUUGCCUAUCUCUCGGGUUUCUGCCCUGCAUAUGUUUUCAUUAUUCUACCAUUCAGUUAAAGGCAUUGCUUUUCUCCCUCCAUAUUUAGAGGAUAUUUUCCUUUCUUUUGCUGGGUCCCACCUGAAAAUGUUAUUUUCACUUCCUUUGUGUAUUUUGCAUGGUAUCUGCAGGUAUGUCGUCCUCCAUUCCCACAUUCUGCUUCCCUGUUUUUUCCCCACUUUUGCCAUCUCUUCUAAGACUUUGGCUGCUUAUAGACCAAGUCCUUUGUUUCAUGCUCAUCUGAACCAGUGUAUUCUAGAAAGUGUGUGUGCCUGGAAACAUUUUCAAAUCUCCAAGGUGAGACACACCUGAACUCAGCAGUUUGUCUGCUGCCCCCCCCCCCCCACACACACACACACACGCAAUAUUUCAGCCAAGGAAAUGUAUUAUUUUAAGAGCUGGUUGCACACAGACAAUAUGCGGUACUGUGUUGAUAUAACAAAGCCUAAAGGUGAUCUUUUGUAAUGCAUCCUUUGUGGCAGUUUGCAAAAGGAAAAAAAAGUAAGAUGUCAAUGUCUUCAAGCUGCACUGUUCGUUUUUAUUGUAGUAUUGUAUGUUUUAUUUGCUUACAUUGUGUAAUCCCUGGCUAAAGGCACUUUAAGACUUUACAGGGUCUUCCUAAAGCAUGUCCACUAAGGUGGUGUCUGCAUCGAUUGCCUUCAUCUGUAAAGCUUAUGCAGCAAUGGUUUGAUCAUCUCUGAACAUUUUUGCAAAAAAAAAAAAAAAAUUGGGCAAAUGCUAUACAAUUCUACAGUUGUCCAGUCUUGCUUGUGUUUUACAAGGGUCUAGUUAGGUGUAUGCAAGUCCGAUACUUUAAUCAAUUUUAUAGUUGUACUUCCUUCUUUAUGAUAGUUUGUAAAUGUUGCACUGAAUACCAUAAUGGUCUGAAAAAGAAUCUUUUGAUCAGUGCUCCCACCCAGACCCAGUUAACAAAUGUGAAAUAGGGUCUUCUUUUGGAGACCCUGAUGAUCUAGGAUUUGUUCUAUUAGGCAACCACUUUGGAGGCUUUAUAUUGGGGAACUUAGUUCUGCAGUUGGAGCUGUAUGCUUUCAGAUACAAAAGUUGUAAUGUAAUACAGUGCUGGCUGCAGGUAGUAAUCCACCUACUUCACCCUGACAUGUAUUUGUUGCCGAGUUGUUGUGGUUCAGUACAUACAGAACUGAAGAGCCAAGAGGAAGCAAAGCAUUAUCAAAGGGUAGAAGAGGGUCAGCAGCCUAGGAAUGUCAUACACAAUAAGUGGUCCUAACACUGGAGGUGCAAGUCCAGUCAGUCUGUCGAACUUGGGACUCUGCUCUCAGAUCUGGUGUUAUGGUAAGUAACCAUAACUUUUGUUAUUCUCACUUUAUCACCUUUGCAAGAUUUUAUCAAGAUCUCUCAAGCAAGCAUGUCUUCCUUUUACAGAUCAUUACUCAGAAGUGGUGCUGUUCAUUUUAUUUUGUUUCAGAAUGUAAUGCAUGUAAGAUCCCUUUCAGAUGAUGGUUCUAAUUUAUUUGUUUUUUGUGAAUUAAGCUAAGUCAUUUUUGUUAAAAUGAGUGGGGAAGCCAUUUUGGUUCAUGGGACAUAUUCUUGUGUAUUUCCUUAAAUUUUAUUUUGUGUUGCAUUCCAUUGUAAUCCACAGUCAGUGGGCAGCUAUUAAACUGGUAUGCAUUUUAUUGUUAAUAUUUUUAUGUAAUAUUUGUCACAGCACUGUAUUUACUCAGUGCUCAGUGAAUUGUUCUUUCAAAGGAGGUUAGAAACCGUUAACAUCCUGAUACCUGAUGGUGCUACCUUUUGUCUUUAGUUUUUUAAAAUCGUUUUUUUUAUUCAGAAUUCUCAUUAAGUUAACCAUGUGUAUACUUACCUUAAUAAAGGUGUUAAGUCUUA